AUGUACAACUCGUUCGGACUCAUCCUGGCCUCGUACUCAUUGUUGCAAAUGAUGCGGUCGGCGUCGGGGCCCGGCGGUUCUGGCCUUCAGACUGUGCUCGCGACCAAGUCAGAGCGUGAAGUGCGGUCGCAGACUUUUUUGGCCAUGGUAUUCCUGAGUCUGCGCUGGGCCUUCAGCGGUGGCAUUGCUGUCAUGGGCAUCCACUAUUCGAUGCAGCAUGCUGGUGUGGUUGUGGAUCCGGAGCGCGUCGUGCCGAUAGUGAUCAACAAGGUGCUGCCCGUCGGUGCGAAGGGAUUCGUGUUGGCCUCGCUGCUAGCAGCAGCGCUAACUACCUUCGACACCACCAUCAACAGCUCGUCGUCGUACUGGACAGUGGAUAUCUACCAGGCGCUUAUCAACCCAAAGGCGUCCGAGCGGCAAUUGUUGUGGCACGCGCGGCUGUCGUCUGCUUUUGUGAUGCUGGCUGGGCUCUUCCUUUCGCUGGACGUGAGCACGAUCAACCGCAUUUGGGGCUUCAUGACCAUCGCUAUGGCUGGCGGGCUCAUUUGGCCAUUCUUCUUUUCCUGGUAUUGGUCGCGCUUCAACGCGUACAGCUGCCUGCUCGGAAUUGGGUCGGGGUAUAUCGCGGCUAUCGCCGUGUUCAUCUUCGCACCGUUGCUGGAGGAGUUCCAGGCUUUCGUGAUCACGUCGUCGAUCUCGGGCGUCAUCUCAAUUGUCGUUUGCCUCCUGACUCGACCCGAUCCUGAUAAGGUGCUGCGACGCUUCUAUCGCUUCGCUCGGCCGCCGGGUGCCUGGCACAAGAUCAAGCACAUUUGCUUCACGCACGAGACUAUCUCCGAGAUCGACUCGGAGAAUCAUACCGACUUGGCGUGCACGGGGCUGAUCGUCAUCGCGCAAUUAGCGCUGUACAUUCUCGCAGUGAGCGUCGUGGCCAAAGCAUGGACGCAGAGCCUCGUGCUUGCGGCCAUCUUGGUCGUCACGAUGCCUCUUAUCUACUUUAAGUGGUACGUGAAGCUGAAAGACCGCCCCGUUGAUCUGCGCAAGGAGGAUUUGAACGCGUCGCUGCUGGGGCCCGCGUAGGAGACGGUAUCGACGCACUUAGAGAGCCUAGGGUGUGCAUUUCAUCCAUGGAUAUAGCGUCGAUGGUAAGAAUUGAAGGUUGGAUACUUUGCGAUCGACAACCAC